AUGGCGCCUGGCAACAUUUUCAACCAGAUCCAGAGGCGAAAGUGUGGGCAACCAGCCCGUGGCACGCUGGAUCCGGCUGUGCUCUGCCGCCGACUACUACGGCGUUGGUGUUAUCCACGGGCCUUCCAUGGUGCCGUCCGUGAGGUGCGCGGAGUGAUUUCACUCAGCCUCGACGUGUUUUGCAUCAAGUGGGAUCGCGAUGCAGAGGUCUUUCGGGCACCCUGUGGUGGCUCUCGGGGACUCCAGCGGCUCCUGUCGCUGCGGAGGCCACGCGAGCAGGUGGACAAGGUCUUUCGCUUGGCCGCAAAUCGGUCUGUGCUUGUCGCAUAUACCACCGACGAGCGCCCCGCUUCUCUUCGGCUGCGGGUCUUAUCCCUGCCAUCGCUGCUGAUGGGGGACGUGGUGGAGAGCAACGGCGGAGCUCUCGCGGCGGAGGUGGUUCCCCUCCGGAGUGGCUAUAUUGAUCUGGACGAGCCGAACCACUGUGUGUGGACCGUGGGGCCAGAGACGAUCAAAUGCUUCGAGAUUGACACGCUUGAAGAACGCUUCCGGCUGCUUCAGCGAGACCAGGCACCGCUGCUCCGACACACGCUUGGUCUGUUCGCGCUGGUUUGGGCAUCGUCAGAGCAUAUGGCAAUGGUUGUCUACUCCGCCGGCGGAAUGAAGCAUUUCGAUUCAGAGGUGCGGAUGCAGAACCUCGUCACUGUGGUGGAGAUCCUUACCAUGGAUGUUUUCCUUUGCCAAUCGCAGGGGGAGGACGCGCAACUCCUGGACGUUUCCAAAGGCCAGCAGCUGUGCACUCUGCCACACACCGAGCAUUGGCAGCUUCCCAACAUCGCGGUUCUGACUCAUCUUGGAGUCAUCUUGGUGACCCUGCCUGGAACACUGCAGAUAUGGCGGUAUGCGACCUGGGACUUGGGUGCAUCGUGCUGGCCCGUAAAGGACAUCGAUUUCCAGGGAUCCUUCAGUCAGCGGACUCUGGUCGACCGUGCCCGAGCAUCCUUGGUUCUGCCGCAAGCGCCCUCUGCUAGUGGCAGAGGGGAUGACUUGUUUCUGAUCGACUUGCGCUGUUGCAAGCGUCCUGAGCGUUUCCAGCGUGGUGUCUGCUUCGAUGGAGGAGGCUUGGCGUUCAUACAAGGCGAUCUCUCCGAAGGUUGGCUGUUGGUCUGUGGCCGUCAGGGAGGUGGCCUGCUCAAGAAGACCUGGUCGCGCGUCUUUCUGUUUCAUCCCUGGUGGAGUGAG